AUGUCCUAUGAGGCGAAACGAUGCGGCGUUCAGUUCAGUCCCCCCGCAAUUAUUUUACUGUACAAACAAAAAGACACAAAGCAAGUGCGCAAAAGAAUAAUACCUGUGCGGAACUUCUCUAAAUACUCAGACUGUUGCUUGGCUGCUGAAAGACUGAAGAACCAUUUUCGGCACAAAGAAUACUUGGGAGGUGUUCCAUUGAGUCAGUUGAAGAGGCUUCACACAGUACUACGAGAUCACAUGCAGGGCCACAGUUUGCAGCACAGCCUUGCCUCAUUCCAGGUGGACCCUGAAGAAGAUCUUAAUAAAUUAAAUGACGAUGCCCUGGCCCGCAAGAAAGGGCAAAUGGAUCAACUAUUUGAGCAAAACCGAAGACUCAAGGAUGAUCCUGAUUUUGUUUAUGAUAUAGAAGUGGAAUUUUCCCAAAGCGAUCAGGAAAAGUGCAGUUGGGAUGCAGAGUCGGAUGAUGGAUUUUGAAACCGAUCACCCAAAUAGGGUUUUGGCCUGAAAAGGCUGAUGUCUGUACUUUUACUGAGAAUUUACAGAUGAUUAAAUUACGGACAUUGUCCCUGUAACAAAUGAGACCAUAUAUAAGCAAUUCAAUAUUUAUUUGAUAUAAAAUACUGAAGUAUAAGAAAAAUACAAAAUGCUUUGGCUCCUUACAUAUCAGGGGUACACAUAAAUAAUGGAUACUCACAGUAGGAAUACAGACAAGCUAUUCAUUAUCAUUUUAGUGACCAAAACCUAGCUAACACAAUAAAUCUCUUUGGAAAUAAUUCCUCUCAAACCAAAAAUUCUUCUUCCCCAUGAUACAAACGGAUACGAAGAGAAAUAUCUUGUAGAUUUGGAUGUGAUGUACAAAGUUAUGGGAUGAAUUCUAAAACCAUGCCUGCAUUUCAAACCUCUGUAUGGGGAAGUUCAAUUCAAAGUGCAUUCAUACCUCCUAUAGUUUGCAAGACACUGACCGACUAAUUUAAUAUAUCACAUUCACAAUACAUCCAAGAAUGUCACAAGUGAUUUUCUUAUCAUAGUUGUUGUACAGCACAUGUAAUAAAAAAGCAUUCUGGAUAGAGGAAAGAUUGGUUUACUUUUCUUGUUUGGUUUAAAUUGAAAAAUAAUAUAUAAUACACACUACACUACAUUGAAUCAGUCAGUUAUGCAGUAAUAUGCAUGCCCCAGAGGUAGGUAUUUGAAAUUCAGACAUAAGGUCUUUCCUAGUACAACCAGAAUUGUUGUUCAGAAUACUGAGUUUCAAGUCAUACGUAUAUUUUCAGCAGGCCUUUAUUUAAAAAAUAAGAUUUAUACUUCAAGUAUGUCAAAGCAACAAUCCGGGAUUGAAGUUGAUCAUUUAGGGGUGGGCGGCACUUAAUGGCAAACAUAUCUAAUCAUCAAAAACAUUUGAAAUUUAAGUUUACCUUUCAUCUAUUGUACAUCUGAAAUGAAAAAGCUUUAUUCAUUAAUCCAAAAAAAAAAAAAAAAAAAAAACAUUUGUGGAAAAUGAGCAAACGGACACACAAUUAUACCCCAAUUCCGGACUGGGCUUUAACUAAAAACUUUUUAAUGAGGAAAGGAUAUAGGGAAAAUGUAUGCAUAUAUAUAUAUAUAUAUAUACAUAUAUAACGUUUUUUCUAAAUCUAUCCUCAAUAUACAUCAAUAUUAUAAAAGUACCCUAUCUGAAAUCUCACUUUUUCUUCCUAUCUUGUGUGCAUCUAGGACAAAACCUAAAGGUUUCAGGAAGAAAAAAACAAAAAACAAUUAGGCACAAAAACCCAUUAAUACAAAUCCCUUUUGAUGUUAAAACAUCACAUGAUAUUAAUACCACAUGAAUCAAACGCUGUGCAAAAAGUUCUUACCAUUUUCCUUUGGGCUUGGUUGCAAGAUCAACACAAGCAAAGUGAAACCAUUCUAUUGGACACUGCAAAUAAAACAAAAGGAGACUUUAUUAUUAUUAUACCUUGCUUAAUGCACCAUUUCAGAUCAUUUCAAUAGAUAAUCAUGUGAAACCUACAUCUGGGUUAUCACAGCCGAUCAUCUCGCCAUACGACACUUGAUGACACAGGCAAUAGGUUGGCUCAUUGGGAUCCACUGGCAUGUCUAGAACAUCCGAUGGCUGCAUUGGCAGAAGACCAUCACUCAAAUCAGGGCUGAAAGAAGAAAAGUAAAGGAAGAGAAAGGCUUCUAAAAGGGAGUUCACAUAAUACAAGUGAGCCCUAGUACAGAUAGUAGAUCUGAACAGACAUGGAAGAGCACUUACAACACAACAGGUUAACAACCUAUAUGAUAAAUAUAGUUGAAUACUAUGUACUAUGAUAUAACGGAUACAAUGUAAGGCAUGUGUGAAUAAAUUAUGUUCGAUGAUAUAGUCAAGCAGUUUUUUCCUUAAGUUC